UGAUCACGCUGUAACACAAAGAUGAAAUUUUAUAAUAAAAAGGGUAUACAAAUUAUAAUUAAACCAUAAAAGUGAUUAGUGGUUGACAGCUGUCGUAUAGCGAGCGUAAUGUAAAUUUAUGUGCCUUAAAAAGUGUCAAAUAAGCUAUGAGGAUUUAAUAAAAAAUCUCAACCAAACGGUUUUUUUUGUUUUUCGAAAAAUAUGUAGCAACAAAUUGGGUAGCAUAACAAAACAAAAACAAGUUUCUGUCAACUAAGUAAUAACAGCAACUUCAAAACAUAAUAAACUAAUGUCUGCACAAUAAUGAGUCCAUUUCGGUCGAAGAAAAAUCGCUCAUUGCCAGUGAAGGUAGUAACCUUCGAUUCAGAAUUAGAAUUCAAUUUGGGGCAUCGGGAGAGUGGACAAGAACUAUUUGAUUUGGUGUGCCGCACUAUAGGUUUACGUGAAUCAUGGUACUUCGGUUUGCAAUACGUGGAUGCACGCGGACAUGUCUCCUGGCUGAAGAUGGACAAAAAAGUGAAAGAUCAACGCAUACAACUACAAACGAAUGGUUUUUUCGUUUUCAACUUUUAUGCCAAGUACUUUCCGGAAAAUGUUAGUGAAGAGCUGAUACAAGAAAUCACACAGCAUUUGUUUUUCUUACAAGUGAAGCAGAGUAUCCUCUCCAUGGAUAUAUAUUGCCGACCGGAGGCAUCAGUAUUGCUGGCGUCGUAUGCAGUUCACGUGCAGUAUGGUCCAUACGACUAUGAAACCUAUAAAGAUGGCAUGCUAGCGAGCGCAGACCUACUCCCGAAAAAAGUAACAGACCAGUAUCAAAUGACGCCAGAGAUGUGGGAGGAACGGAUAAAAACUUGGUACAUGGAUCAUGAGCCGAUGACUCGUGAUGAGGUUGAAAUGGAAUACUUGAAGAUCGCACAAGAUUUAGAUAUGUAUGGUGUAAAUUAUUUUCCUAUUACCAAUAAAAAUAAAACCAAAUUAUGGCUGGGCGUUACCGCUAUCGGUCUCAAUAUUUAUGAAGAAAAUAAUAAACUCUCGCCGCGUACAACGUUCCAGUGGAAUGAGAUAAGACAUGUUAGCUUCGAUGAUAAAAAAUUUACUAUUCGAUUGGUAGAUACGAAAGUGUCAAAUUUUAUUUUCUACUCACAAGAUUUACAUAUCAAUAAAAUGAUUUUAGACUUGUGUAAAGGUAAUCACGAUCUGUAUAUGCGACGCCGCAAGCCCGACACCAUGGAAAUACAACAAAUGAAAGCACAAGCAAAGGAAGAGAAACAGAGGCGCCAGCAGGAACGGGCAAAGUUUUUGCGUGAGAAAAAGUUGCGCGAAAAAGCGGAACGUGAUCGCUACGAUCUGCAAAAGCGUUACGAGCAUCUUCAGGAGGAGAUGCGAAUGGCUAAUGAUGCGCUGCGGCGUUCCGAAGAAACCAAGGAACUCUAUUUUGAAAAGAGCCGCGUGAAUGAGGAGCAAAUGCAAUUGACAGAAUGUAAAGCACAUCACUUCAAAACGGAAAUGGAUCGAUUACGUGAGCGACAAAUGAAAAUCGAACAUGAAAAAAUGGAUUUGGAGAAAAAAAUACGCGAUGCCGACUUUUAUGUGCAUCAGUUGACAUUGGAAAAAGAUAAGCGUGAGGCGGAAGCGGAAAAACUGAAAAAAGAGCUUCAGUGCGCACAAUUGGCGGAGCGCGAAGCCACCGCACGUCUACUUAAUUUCAUCAAUCAUGGUCGCAAAACAUCCACCGACAGUUUGGUGGCCAUCUCAGGGAAUAAUGUGGUCGUUUCGGCUACAAAUACGGCCAUUAGUACACCAUCAUUAACCACCAGCAAUUCAACCAUAGAUAUCGAAACGGUAGGUGGCGUCGAACUAACUACAUCGAAUCAUGAUCUUGUCGCUAACUCAAAUGACAACUCCUCCGAUGUAAUUGACGACUUUGAAACAAAAGAAUUCAUACUUACUGAUGCUGAGAUGGAACAGAUCACAAAUAGUCGGCUUGAAUAUUUAAAGAAAUCCAAGCAGAUGGAAAAUCAGUUACAGACGUUGCGGUCACAAAUUGAGUUGUUGAAAAUCGAAGAAAAUCAAAGUAAUUUAGAUAUUUUAAGUGAUGCAUUGAUUAAAGCGGGUGAAACUAAAUACUCAACAUUGAAGAAAUUGAAGUCGGGCUCUACUAAGGCACGAGUCGCUUUCUUUGAGGAAUUGUAGUUGGUUAGUGGUAGAGAGGUGCAAGCAAAUAUAAUGCUUAAAAUGGAGGUUUGCCAAUUAGAUUUUAGUUAUAGGAUUUAAUACUAACAAAGUGACAUGUAUACCUAUUCGAUUUAUACAGAUUAAGAUUGGAGUGUUUUAAAAUAAAACGAAAUGUUGCAGAUGAACACACAAA